GCACGUGCGGGCGGAGCAUGGCCGGAGGGGUGCGGGCGCUGCGCCGCCUCGUGCCGCCGGGCGCCUGGCGGGAGAGCCGCGAGCUGGGCAGGAUCGCGGGGCCCGUGUUCCUGGCCCAGCUCCUGGUCUUUCUGAUCGGCGUGGUCAGCUCCAUAUUCUGUGGCCAUCUGGGGAAAACCGAGCUGGAUGCCGUGACGCUCGCCGUGUCCGUCAUCAACGUCACCGGCAUCUCCAUCGGCUCUGGCUUAGCCUCAGCAUGCGACACCCUCAUGUCGCAGACGUACGGCAGCAAGAACUUGAAGCAGGUGGGCACCAUCCUGCAGCGCGGCAUCCUCAUCCUCUUGCUCUGCUGCUUCCCCUGCUGGGCUGUCUUCAUCAACACCGAGAAGAUCCUGCUCCUCUUCAAACAGGACCCAGACGUCUCCAGGUUAACCCAGGUUUAUGUGAUGAUCUUCAUCCCAGCUCUUCCUGCUGUGUUUAUGUACCAGCUGCAGACAAAAUAUCUGCAAAGCCAGGCCAUCAUCUUGCCACAGGUGGUGACGGGGGUUGCAGCCAAUAUCCUCAAUGUGGGCAUGAACGCCCUGUUCCUGUAUGCGAUGAAGCUGGGAGUGGUGGGCUCUGCCUGGGCCCACACGGUUUCUCAGUACACCCAGAUGAUUCUCCUCUUCUUGUACAUGCGGUGGAGGAAAAUCCAUGCGCGGACCUGGGGAGGCUGGACCUGGGAGUGUCUGCUGGAGUGGGGCUCCUUCAUGCAGUUGGCCAUGCCCAGCAUGCUUAUGAUGUGCAUUGAGUGGUGGACCUUCGAGAUCGGGAGCUUCCUGGCAGGUCUGAUCAGCGUGGUGGAACUAGGGGCUCAGUCUGUCAUCUAUGAACUGUCCAGUGCCGCAUACAUGGUGCCCCUGGGCUUCAGCGUGGCUGCCAGUGUCCGCGUGGGCAAUGCCUUAGGAUCGGGGGAUGCAGAGCAAGCGAGGACAUCCUGUAUCUCUGCGUUGCUGUGUACAGGAGUGUUGGGUGUAGUGGUGGCCACCUUGUUGGGGACCCUGAAGGACGUUGUGGGCUACAUCUUCACCACUGACAAAGAGAUCGUUACCUUGGUGUCUAAGGUGAUGCUGCUCUUCGCUCCCUUUCACUUGUUUGAUGCGACGGCAGCGACCUGCGGUGGUGUGCUGAGGGGGACGGGGAAGCAGAAGUUCGGGGCCAUCGCCAACGCUAUCGGAUAUUAUGCCAUCGGGUUCCCGCUGGGAAUCUCACUGAUGUUCGCCGCAAAGCUUGGGGUGCUGGGCCUAUGGGUGGGACUGAUCGUCUGCAUUGCUCUGCAGGCCACUUCCUUCUUCAUCUACGUCCUGCGCAUAGACUGGAAGAAAGCUGCAGAGGAGGCUCAAAUCCGGGCAGGCCUCCAAGUGGAAGCGGAGAUCCCAGGCACCAGCAGCUCUGUGGUUCAUUUGUCUGGUCUCGACUAUUUCACGGCCGAGACAGAAGUGCCGGACACUGUGGUCCUGCCCGCUGCCACCUCCAGCAGCGAGAGCCUGCCGGAGCCCCAGUUCAUCCCCGGAGAGGAAGCUGCCGGGCCCCUCGCUCUGCCAGGAGGCAGCGUCUCGCUGGGGAAGGGCCUGCUCCUCUGGCGCGGGCUGGCGCUGGCUGUUGCCAUUGCAGUCCUGCUGGCGGGGGUCCUAGUGCGGCUCCUCAUGGGCAACGGCUAAGCAUAGCCACCGUGGCCAGAGACGUGACCGCUGGGACUGGGGAAUGCCACCCGUGGGCAGCCGUUCUGGAGUGCCACAGGAAGGAGUGGCUGAGAUGCUCCUCCAUCCUGGCCCAUCUCUUGGGGUCCAUGGUCUGGUCACGCUGCCCAUGCUAAUGGGCUGGGAACGUGCCUGUGCCGCCACUGAGCAAUGCUGACCCGGGGGCGUUCACCCCCUCGGUGGGAGCCUGCUGGGCCGUCGGCCUCAGCCAUUUCCUGGUCCUGAAGCACUAGUUCAUGUCCUGUUCUGCUGUUUGGUUUGAAGCUCGGGCUUCGUUGGCCCAGGCCCUUCGUAGGCCCAGAGACCCCAUGGGGGCAAAGGCCUUUUAUCUUUCACAGUUGGCUCUGGGGUGCCCCUGUAGUCUUAGCCCAGGGCUAAAGGUUGGGAAGUUGUUUCUGGGCUCAGGCAGCACUGCCUGGGGCGCGCAGACCCACCUCUGCCCACAGCGGCGUUCGCUCUUGCACUACUGUCGCUGCUCUUCUGAUGCUGCAGGUUUCCAAUAAACAUUCAGGUUGUUGAA